UAUAUAUACCUGCUUUUAUACACAUAUAACAAAUAGAGCUGAUCGACCCGUCCAUAGUUAGUUAACAUGGCUUUACAAGUUACAAUUAGGACAAAACUCUUCUUCUUCACCAUCCUAGGCUUAGCACUUGUAGCCCAAAUUGCAACAGCUCAAAACUGCGGGUGUGCAGCAGACCUGUGUUGCAGCGAAUUUGGUUACUGCGGCACCGGCGAUGCCUACUGCGGCAAGGGUUGUCAAGCAGGACCUUGUACUACCACCACCACUCCUACACCAACUACCGGCGGUAGCUCAGUAGCGGAUAUCGUCACCACCGACUUCUUCAAUGGGAUUAUUAACCAGGCUGGCUCUGACUGUGCCGGCAAGAGCUUCUACACUAGACAGGCCUUUCUUGAUGCCCUCGGCUCUUACACCGAUUUCGCUACCACCGGUUCCGCUGAUGACAAUAAGCGGGAAAUUGCAGCUUUCUUUGCUCAUGUCACGCAUGAGACUGGCCAUUUUUGCUACGUAGAAGAGAUAGAAAAGGCCACCUACUGCGACACAUCCUUCACAAACUACCCAUGCAACCCUGCCAAGCAGUACUACGGCCGUGGACCACUCCAACUCACCUGGAACUACAACUACGGAGCCGCCGGAACUGCUAUUGGCUUUGACGGCCUAAACUCCCCGGAAACGGUGGCUUCGGACUCCGUGGUGGCGUUCAAGACAGGGUUGUGGUUUUGGAUGAACAAUGUUCACUCUGUUAUAAGCCAAGGAUUCGGAGCCACAACUCGAGCCAUCAACGGUGCCGUUGAAUGUGAUGGAAAAGCUCCGGACAAAGUUCAAGCUCGUAUCAACUAUUAUAAGGACUAUUGUACCCAACUUAAUGUUUCUCCUGGUGAAAAUCUGUAUUGCUAGAUACAUGUUAACUUAACUAAAUAUAAUAAAUUUAAUAAAGUGUCGCUUGCCUAAAUCAUAUAACAU